AUGGCGGACCCAAACCAAUCUGUCCCGACUUGCAUACUAAAAGUCGAUCUAAAGUGUUGCACCAGUUGCCAAAACAAAGCAAGCAUCAAGUUGAAGAGUAUCUCUGGUGUAGAAGAAGUGGCGUAUAACAGCGAGAAAGGUCUCUUGACAGUCACAGGUGACGUCGAACCUAUGGCUCUGGUUCGUAAACUUAAUAAAUGUGGCAAAGAAACAGAGCUCUUCUCAGUUAAGUACCCGAUUGAAGAUGAUGAUCUACAGAGCGACGAUGAAGAUGAAACUUCUUCUUCUGACUCUGCUAGUUCAUAUUAUGAUCCUAAACCCAUGGAACGUGAAUUCCAAGAGAAGAUGAAUCAGCAGGAGAAGAAGAAGAAGACAUUGCUACAAAAAAUACGUUCUUUUCUAUGCUGUUUCACCAGUAAAUCAAAGCUUGUACAGCCUUUACCGAUGCGAAACCGAAACUGGCAAGUCCCAUCAAAGUUUCAGUUGCGGCCUCCGCAACCGAGGCAGCCCUAUCCACCAACGAUGCGACCACACCACCUACCAAUGAUGCAGCAACAACAACUACAAAUGAUGCAGCAACAACAACUACAAAUGAUGCAGCAACAACCAGGUUACAUGUUCCAGCAAGCAUACCAACCUCAUCUUAUGCCAAAUCAGGGACAACAUUAUCUUUUGCCAAAUCCGGCACAACCGAUGAAGAUCAACCGUAGCCUGCAUUUCCCGCCGACGAAGGACGGCAAUGUAAGACUACUUUGA